GAGGAACAGCUGAGCUUUAUUUCGGGGAGAGGGGAUUAGACAAGACACCUUAUGUGUGUGUAUGAGUCUCUGGAGUAAGAGACCCCCUCCCCACCUGCUUGUUUUAUUUUAUUUUAUUUGAGGGAGGGUCCCCCCCAUACUUUACCUAGGAAAAAAGCAAAUCUUAUCUCAGAGCCCAUUUAUUUGGGGAGAGAGGGGGCGGGACACUUAGCCAAAGAAGACCUUUUGACAGAGAUCUUUUUGAAGGGCAUCUGUUUUUUGGGGGGUCCCUGCUAUAAGUAGCAUCAUGGAAAACUCCUGAGGGACCUCUCAGGUCCCUUCUGUUUGGGGUUAUCCUUGCAGAGUCUUUGGAAAAGAGAGAGAGAGAGACUUCUGGUCUGUGUCUUACUUCUUUUGCAGUGGGGAGCUGAUUUUGGGGUUGUUUUCCCCCCAGUUCUCUGGUUUCUUGCAAGGAGCUAGCUGGGAUGUAGGAGGGUUCCAGAGGCCUAGGCUUUUGCAGUCAAAGCCUGUGAGUCGCCCCAUUAUUAUAAGGUAGGCUUGCCCCCUGCACACACACAUUCUACUUCCUGCUCCUGCUGCUGUUUUAUUGACCUCACACCAGGGAAAUGUCGGAGCUGAGGAGGAGAGGAGCUGGUGGAGAUCAUGAAACUGCAAACGUAAUUGACAAGGAUGUAGAUGGAGAAGAUAGAUUUGCGGAGCUAGACCUCAGGACCGAUUCAGACAUUCCUGAAGUUGUUCCACCAACAGACCGCACUCCAGAAAUUUUUAAGAAGGCCCUUUCUGGGUUGUCUUCCAGAUGGAAGAAUUGGUGGAUUCGUGGGAUUUUAACUUUAGCUAUGAUUGCAGCUUUUUCGCUGAUUAUUUACAUGGGAUCAUUUAUGCUGAUGUUGCUUGUCAUGAGCAUACAAGUAAAGUGUUUCCAUGAAAUCAUCACUAUAGGUUACAGAGUCUAUCGUUCUUAUGAGUUGCCAUGGUUUCGAACACUGAGCUGGUAUUUCUUGCUGUGUGUGAACUACUUCUUUUAUGGAGAGACUGUAGCAGAUUACUUUGCCACAUUUGUUCAAAGAAGAGAGCAACUUCAGUUCCUAAUUCGCUAUCAUCGUUUUAUAUCUUUUACACUUUAUCUGGCAGGUUUCUGUUUGUUUGUAUUGAGCUUGGUGAAGAGGCACUAUCGCCUGCAAUUUUACAUGUUCGCAUGGACUCAUGUCACUUUGCUGAUCAUUGUAACACAAUCCCAUCUUGUCAUCCAAAAUCUGUUUGAAGGCAUGAUCUGGUUUCUUGUUCCUAUCUCAAGUGUUGUUUGCAAUGAUAUUGCUGCUUAUAUCUUUGGAUUCUUCUUUGGGAGAACUCCGUUAAUUAAGCUGUCUCCCAAAAAGACCUGGGAAGGCUUCAUUGGCGGUUUCUUUAGCACAGUUGUGUUUGGAUUCCUUGUUGCCACCCUUCUGGCUCAAUAUCAGUAUUUUGUAUGCCCCGUGGAAUACAACAGUGAAACCAACAGAUUUGUCACAGAGUGUGAACCGUCAGAACUAUUCCAGUUACAAAAGUACUCCAUACCACCUUUGCUUCAGGUUGUGCUGGGAAAGGAAACAGUGAAUUUGUGCCCGUUCCAGAUGCACAGCAUUGCUUUGUCAACAUUUGCAUCCUUAAUUGGACCAUUCGGAGGCUUCUUUGCAAGUGGAUUCAAAAGGGCUUUCAAAAUCAAGGAUUUUGCUGACACCAUUCCUGGCCAUGGCGGAAUAAUGGAUCGUUGUGACUGUCAGUAUCUGAUGUCUACAUUUGUUCAUGUCUAUAUCACCAGUUUCAUAAGAGGCCCCAAUCCCAGCAAGCUCCUGCAACAGCUGUUGGUGCUUCAGCCAGAGCAGCAAUUAAAUGUCUACAAAACUCUGAAGACGCAUCUCAUUGAAAAGGGGAUUCUUCAGCCAUCGCUGAGAGGAUAGGCAGACCAAACUGUGGACUACAAAGAGAAGUGCAGCUGGAAAUGCAGGUUUUGCUUAUAUGAGCAUGACAUGUUGGACCGAAGUCAGACUGUGUGUCUGAAGAUAUGAAUGUUUGUUUACUAAGAUUACUGUGAAUAUCUAGGAGGCCAUGCAAGAUUUAAGUUCCUUCUAACUGCAUGUUUUUGCUGUCUAGUUUAGUUCCUUGGGUUGAUGAGACGAGCCUUCUCCCUUGGUUCCCAGCUACAGUUUUUUUAAAAAAUAACUAUUUUUAAACAACGGUGGGCACACUCCUUCUGGAACAAGAAUUCAACGGAUGAUUGGGAGUAUGCAGUUCAUCAAAAUACAUUUUAGUGCAAUGAUAUUAAUGACUCCAGUUCAAUUAAUGACACUUUGCCGUGCUGCAUUUUAGCUGACAGUAUCACUAAACUUUGACCAAAUGGCAUCUGUUUUAUCCUGUUGCAGUACUUCCCCAAAAUAGGAAAGGGGCCUGUAAUGGAGAACCCCUUACAGGAAAAGCGUGCCUGUAAAUGGAUGCCUGAGGCUGGUUUUGCUUUUAGUUAAAAAGCCUAAGAGGCAGGUGAAAAAUAAAUAUAAAGGAAUGGCUUCUUGUAAAAGGGAAAUGUUCUUUGGGAGGGUGGGGCUCUUCCUCAUAGCACCCUAAAGACCAGUUUAAAGCACAAAACGCCUACUUGAGUUGCAGGCCUCUUCUCUACCAGCAAACUCUGUCCAGGGCUUUGGGGUUGAAAUGACUGAUGAGUCUCUGGAAUGUGCUCAUUUGUGCCUCCAAUGUUUGGAUGUGUUAAAUAGAAACUCCCCCUUCCUUUAUGGUAAGUGCAAUACAAGUGCUAACUCAGCAAUAUUUAGAUCACUUUCGUAACAAUGUUAGUUGGAGUUCUAUGCUGUGAGAUGAAUCUAGUGCUUCCACCGCUAAUGGAGUCUCAAGGACGUUUAGUCAGUAACGGAGUUGGAGAUUACUUCUUCUUACCCUGUGGGGAAGACCAGCACUUCUGUUGAUAGAUGUGCUCAAUAUGAUUUGCACUUUUGAGAUUCCUUACUGAAGUCUGCAUGAAAUGUGACAUUUCUAAUAUUCAAGGCAUGAGUUGCUUUUUAAAUGCUUCUGUGUGGUUUCUUUUUAUCAUGUGAUAAUAAAAAAUAUUUUUAAAGCAAAUGAAAGUAAUAAACCUAAAGCACACGAAUGCCAAAAACAUGGUAUGGUGAGGAGUGAUUAAAUAGGGUUUAAGGCAUUAGGAGUGUAAUCCUCAUGGAAGUUUCUUUCUACAGAAGUCUCACUGAAACAAAGGAUAUUUGCACAACAGCACAUCUAUUUCCAUUCAUUUCAGUGAGGCUUGUGCAACAGAACCUUCUGGAGGAUUCUACCCUAUGAACUUGGUGUGAGUGAGUUUUCUUCUGCUGUGAGCUUUCGAGGUUCCAUAUUUCUUGCCCUGCUUGGUGCUGCUUGACUAAACUGUGUAGUGAAACUCAACACGUGUUAUUAACGUCUGACUUCUAGAAAAAUGAAAUCCGUUUACAUCAUUGUACUACUUGAGUUCAUUGUGUGUUUUGGUUUAGGAUGGUAUAUAUCAAAUCAUUAUGACAGGGUGACUGAACAAGCUGGAAACCUUUGAUUCUGUCAAAAUCAAUGAAACAACAUCACCAGUAAUACCUAAAUAUUUACAGGCUUCUUCUAAAAUUAGCUUGGUGGCGCAGGAGUAGCUAUGGUGUUUGUCCUUUCGAUGCUUCUCCGGUGAUAAUGUAAAUAGAAAAUAGCAUAGGAAAUGCUGGUACUGUGGAAAAAGUUGGCCCACUGGGAACUGGAGCAAUAACUAGUGUGAGAAGGAGCCGUAUUGUAGGUUCCUACCUCUUACUCUGGGGCAGAUGCACUAGCACCCAUGAUGCCAAGAUAACAUCAGAAGAGGUGCCAUGAAGCUGGAUUAGAUAUUUCUUUAAAAGAAACAAAACAAUGCAGUGACUUCUGUAGUUGCCAUAUCUUGAGAUCCUAAUGUAACUGAGUACUCUGAAGUACCUUGCAAAGAAAGUUUGGCAACUACCUUCCUCCUAACAAGCUGUUGCUCAUACAUUUGGCAUGAUGUCUGGACUCCUGGUCAUAUGGAGUGCCUACAUGUGUACAGCUCUGUCUAUAGGUAUCAUUUCAGACACUGGGGUGCACAGCAUUCACUGAACGCAUGUGGGGAAUGUUUAUUUGAAAAUAUAAUUACUUUCCACCAUCCAGAAUUUUUCCCCAUCCAGAAUUUAUUUGUGGAUCAAUAACUACUUUUAGAGAUCUCAGCUUUCAAACUAAUCACAACAAUGACCCCAUGGGGGUGAUGGUUAAGCUCUAAAAAGAGAACAAAAUGCAGCUUAAAGCUGAAGAAAUGGGCUAGACUUUCAAGUUAAGAAGCAUCACUAGGAAAAUUUGCACUGGUCAGUAGUCACUUGUAGGCCUUUGAAAUUUGAGACUUAAAUAUAUUUUUUCUUAGGAAAUUUUCUGCCUAAUUACUUAUUUCAUCCUGAAGGUGACUCAUAUAAAAACGUAAAACUUAACUUUAAUGUAAAGGUGUAACUUUUGGGUUACUUUGGUGUACUUUUUAUAGCAUUGGUAUUGAAAUAAGACUGUAUUUAAGCCAUUGAAUGCAGAAUAGCUGGAUCUGCCAGCUCUGUUUGCACUGUUAAGAAACAUGUAGAAUGUUCGCUGCUCAUUAAAAAGUGAAAUGCCUCCUGGUCACUUUGGAUGUGCUCUUAUCACUUUAGAAUCUGAUUAUUUUUGUUUAGGACACAGUUGAAAAGGUUCUCCCAGUGUGCUUUUCAGGAACAGCCUAAGUAUAUUAGCAGAAAUGACCAGACAUACUCAAGGAUGCAAAAACCCACACCCAUGGCCAUCACAGGAUAUCUGCAGCAGUGCCAAGUCUGGUUGUUGUCAUGUAAACUUAAAAUAACUAAAGGUUAAAGCUUGCUGAACUGUACCUGGGACAGUAAAUUCUUAAUGAGCAUAAUCUUUUCAGGGAAGGUGAAGAUGUCUUGCUGCUUUAGCUUUUAAGGGUUUUUCUUAAUUACAUGCCGGAACAUUUUCUUCAACAAUCUGUAUUUUAUUAGUUCAAGCAAACUGUGUGAUCAAAAGGAAACAUCCCCCUCCCCUAUACUUUUUCAUUUGCACUUCUCUUGGGUGAGACACUCUGCCUUGUUUAGCAAAACUUUAGAAAAUUGUGUGUAUAUACUGUAAAUGUUGAGCAUUCAAUACUGUAAAUGUGUAUUCAAAAUGUUUUAGUUGACCAUUUUGUAGAGCUGGGAUGGGGAAAAUAAAGCCCUGAUCAAAACCUUGA